AUGCCUCCCUCGACCAUCAUCCUCUGUCGUCACGCUCAAGCGACUCACAAUGUCGGCAAUGACUACUCUCUUCCCGAUGCUCCCCUUACUGACCUAGGGAAACAACAAUGUUCUAAACUUCCUGAAUUUGUUCCUCUAGAAUUGCAAAAGAAAGUUCAAUUGGUAGUUAGCAGUCCAUUGAAGAGGACGUUGCAGACUAGUGUUAUUGGAUGGGGUCCUACGAUUGAGAGAUUGGGAGGAAGGAAAGAGGUGAUUUGUUUGCCUCAGUUGCAGGGUGACCCAUGCGAUACCGGCUCGCCUCGUGAGGUCCUCGAGGCCGACCCAGAGUUCAAUUCCUUCGACCUCUCCCUCCUGACUGCAGACUGGACAUCCAAGCGUGGACAAUUCGCCGCAGACGAAGCCUCGCUGAACAAGCGAGCCCAGUGGGUCCGUCAAUGGCUUCGCUCCCGCACAGAGGACACCAUCCUCGUCGUCGCCCACGGUGACAUCCUCCGUCGCAUCACUGCCGGCCCUCACGGCAACUCUACCCACGCUUGGAACAACGCCGAGGCCAGAACCUACGACUUUGACCCCGCUUGGGUCGACAAGGAUGAGGCUUUCCUCACUUCUGAAGGAUUGCAAGUCACGGCGGGUGGAUGGCAACCUACUUCUACCGAAUUUGCCGGAAAGUCCGGAAAUGACGAUGGGAAGUUGUGA